UCAACUGAUCUGACGCUUUCGAGUCGCGUCACACUUGGCGUUUCUCGGUUGCUGCGUGCGGAUCGCCGCACCGCUGCGUCUCGCUCUAUCGCUCCAGUUAAUUUUCCGCGAUUAUUCGAUUUACGAACGAUUGUUCGUGGAGUGAGAUAACUCGAAAGUCGACGACCGCGAGCGACGAUGUCGGUGAUCUACAAGAACUCGAUGAACGCCAUCAGCAAAUUUGUGCCCGAGAAGCUGCAACCUCUGUGGAAACAUCCAGCUGGUCCGCAAACUAUCUUCUUUUGGGCACCGGCCUUCAAAUGGGGACUCGUAAUCGCCGGACUCGGUGAUUUGCAGAGGCCAGCGCACAAAAUUUCCAUCAGUCAAUCUUGUGCCUUGGGCAUCACCGGGUUGAUCUGGACAAGAUAUUCCUUAGCCAUCAUACCGAAAAAUUGGAAUCUCUUUAGUGUGAAUCUGUUCGUCGCGUGUACAGCCAUAUACCAAGUGUCGAGAGCCAUGAUGUAUCAACGCCAACAAGCUGCUCUGGAAGCAGCAAAAACAGCUCCAGCUCAUUGACGAUGAUCCAUGGUGAAACACAUUCCUAGGGGACGAAAUUCGGAAUAUUUAAUUCUUCGCUACAUCGCACGUUCCAGUGAAAUAUUCGCGUUUUAUCAUUUAACGUGUCGAAUCGUCAAGUAACGGCGUAAUAGCGUCUAACUGACCAAUGUAUCUUAAUUCGCGAACGAGACGAUUGUAAGACAGACGAAGUUGUUAAACUUACCAACCGAUUCAGAUUUUUUCAAGACCAUACAGAUAUAGAUAGUAUAAUUAUAUGAUGCGUUUGAUCCGUCGAUGAUGUAUGUCGACACUAUAGAUGAGUAGUAUCUAUAAACAAAAUCAGCCAGGUAUUGUCACAAUGACAAACAUUCAUACUUACCGCGGGACGAGCUAAAGAAGACGUCACGAGGUUUUUACGCAAUGUUUGUUUAGAUUGUCUGUGCCAAACUGUGAUACAUACCAACACAUGGUGCUUCAUCGCGACGUCCUUCUAUUGACUUCGUACGAUAAACAAACAUACUUUACGUUCGAUACAGAUAUAAAAAACAAAUGAUAAAAUAUAAUAUAUAGAACACAGAGAACAAAUACGAACAAACCGAGCAGUCGGUAGAGUAUAACCGUAGAUUUCAGUAUACUGUACGGAAUACCGUUAUGCACUGUUGGUUUAUCGCUGUUACGAUUUAUAUAUAACAUUAACCUCUUAAUGUGCCACCUUCAAGCGUCACGCGCUACGUGUCUUCUACCUCAUGUCUCGCAUUGCAACGAUGCUCACGGUGCUUCCGUAUGACAUAUCGACGCUAUACAACACCUUGGAGGAGCGGACAAAUGUACAAAAUGUUUACUUUAUUCGAUAAUUGUUGUAACUGCCUGGGCCUGUGGUCAGUCGAAAUAAAAUACAGAUAUUUUUAAUA